UUAUCAAAGAGUGAAGCAAUGCCAUGUUUUCCCAGCUGAGUACUGUGCGUAGUACGUACACUAUGCGAACAUGGCUGCACUUAUAAUUAUGUAUAAAUAUUAUCACAUCCAUAUUAUCAGAUCCGCUUUCUUCUAGCAAAAAGCAGGCGCAAACAAAGCGUUAAUAAGUUCGAUCAAAAACAGGCUGUGCGUCAAUACGGAUCCUUCUAACUACGCCCCAUACUGAGACGUGAUUAAACAUCCGGGAGCUAGACGGAGCAACUCAUCAUAUCCGGGUGUUGGAAAUAUAUUUAUUCGGUUGACUCGCUGGUUUUCUAUCAUUUCGUGCUAUGACAAAUCUAGCAGCAUCAACAUUUACCUCCUCCGAAGUCUUUACAAGAUGGCGUUAACGACCUGGUGAUAAUUUAUUAAUCUACGUACAGUUCAUCCAUUUAAACAUUUAAUUUUUUAGUUUGUCAGUUCGAUUAUAACUUUAUACAGGAGCUCAUAUUUAUCCGGUGUUAAUUUAUUAAUAUAGUUGCUUAUUUGUUUCUAAUUCUGUAUCGGCCAUCUCCAGUGUCUAUUUAUCCAGUGUUUGCUUAUCGGUGAUUUGUUUUUAAUUUCUAUCGGCAUCUCCAGUUUAUAUUUAUCCAUUUUUUACUAAUAAUCUACAACUGGAUGGUGAGGUAAUUCUGUUUUUAAUCAAUGGAGAAUAUGGAGGAUUCUGAUGAUGUUGUUGAAUGUCGACAAAAUGGAGCUCGUGAUUGUGGCGCAACAGUUGCAGAUGCAGAAAACCAAAUGGCCUUGGAUUUUUCAUACAUAGGUAGACGGAACGAGGGAGUUCACUUUGGCCAAGUCCACCACACCCCAGCUGCAGUCAGUUCCUGUGGUCCCGCAACUUUGCCGAACCCCUGCAGCGUCGCUUCAGGUCAACCGGAGUUUCUCCGUUCCCCUUUAUCGUCCGUCCACCAGAUGACGCCGAUGGAUGUGCGUGACUACCGGACGAUGGUGGCCGAUUUGGAGAAGCGGCUUAUGGACCGGGAGCAGUUGCUGCGCGAGGACGAGAAGAACGAGGCGUUGGAUGAGGUGACUAAGGCGCAGAGUGGCUCAGUGAAUCAACUGAGACAUCUGCUAACACUGUACGAAGGGUACCACGAGUAUCCGGAGUCUAUGAUGGCGUGUGUGCGGACGAAAUACCGGGAGUUGGAACAUGAGAAAUGCGCGUUGGAGGCGUCCUUGCAGUCGCGCAUCGCCGUUCUCGAAGCGGAGAUCUCCUCCUUGCACGCUACUCACAGCGAACUUAGGACCCAAAUCGAACAACUGACCACGAACAGUCAGGAUGAGGUCGUUGUUCUGCGGCGGAAACUGGCGGAAACAGAGUCCCUGCUGAUGGCAGCGCUAGACUGCGAUAGGUCCGACGAUGAAUCGGGUGUCGUUGAAGAAUCCGGGGAUAUUCUGGAAGACGGCAUUAAUGUGCGGAAAGUCGUCGUGAGGUUGGUGCGCGCACUGAAGGAGAUCCAGGCGAUGCGGAAAGAGAUUGGUGCGCGGAAGGAUCAGGUCAGCGAGAUAAAUGUGGAGAUUGCCGAGUUCCGCGAGAAGCUGGAUGCCAGUAGCAUCCAACGCGACAAGUUGUUUUGCACCGAUUGUUUGGACGGCUCAGCCCACCGGGAGGAUUUUGCCGUUGUGGAAGUUUCUGGGGGAGACCAGUGUGGCACAUCAAUCGGCGCCUCUGCCACAAAGGGAGAGAAGCGACGUAACAAAAACACAUUCGCAAAGCGCCAGAAAGUGAAGGAUGUCGUGGUUGUGGAAGUCCGUGGAGGAGAUGGAGUACUGCAAUGUGGCACCGUAGCUGAAGGCGGAGGUACCGAAGGCGGUGUAUUCGUGGAUUUUCGUUGCACAGGCAGAAGAAACGAAUGGGUUCCUUUGGACGAAGUCUUUUUAUCCCGCGACGAUCGCGCUGUGCCCAAAUUGUGUCCUAUUUCUUCCAACAAUAACGGGAUUCAGGAUUCCGUGGAGGUGCUGAUGCAGCACAAUCCUUCGGAGCCGUGGAAAUGGCAACCCGCCACCGCUUUGUACGACUGGAUCUUUUGGCACUUUGGCAUGGUCGUCAUUCCCUUGCCUGGAGGAGAAAUUAGAAGCAUAAUUCCAAAAGACCGGAUCAGGAGUCCAAGUGCUGGGAAGCUCCGUGGACUGGAAGAGGAGGUGGAACUUGACUUCGUGCGAAGAAUGAUGCGGUUUUACAGUAAAUCCGUGCUGCGCCCACUGGAAGCCGAAAACGGAAAGGCAACCACGAAAGGGCAAAAACGUCGACGCUGCAACGAAUCCGUGGCCAUCGUUAAACGCUUGAGAACGGCCCGGAGCCGCAGUGGCUCCUUGUCCUCGCUUCACGAACUGGUUGGUCCCGAGGAUGACGGACUCCGAUUCCUGCCUGUGGAGAUCCUUAUGGAGACCUUUCAGUUCCUGCACAGCAUUGAUCAAGGUCGGCUGUUGGCGGUGUGCAGCGGGUGGUACGGCAUACUCACCUCGGUCCUCGUCAAACGUCUGCUGCAAAUCCAUUUUCCAUCCAAAGUUGAUUUUAGUCGUGCUCGCUCACAUUCCACAGGAAGCGCUUGUGUCGCGGAUACAAAUGCACAAAGCUGUUGGAGCAAUCGCUCUGCGGUUAUUGUUGGCGUUUCAGUAAAUGGUGCGCUGGCACUGGAGGAUUGGCCCAUUUGUGACGGGUUCCUCCUGCGCGAGAUCCUGCAGCUAGGAAACAAGGAGGUUUUGGAAAAUCUUGUCCUGAAGAACAUUACUUGCUGGUUUCAGCCGAGCCAUACCGAAGAUUACAUUCCCGCGCUUUUUAAUGUAUUUAACUCGCUAGCGAUGAUGUGUCGUACGUUAAGCGUGAUGAACUUCAUUUGCGAGAUUCGUCGAUCAUGGAUCGAUGCGUCUGUGCCGAUCACGAUCCGCAUCCCGUUCGGUCGGAUGCGUAGCGAUCGCCGCGUCACUGUUGCCGACUGGUGGGACAUGAUUGAGCAAAGCUGUCCACUGCUGGAUGACCACCAAAUGAAUCUGCUCUCCACUAGGAUGAACGAGGUGAAACAAGACUGGAAGCUUGGUGGUCCAUGGCUAACGGUAAAAAUUACCAGAAGUCGACAGGCUGGUGACCCUCGGACGAGUUCCACCUAUUUCAAGCCGUUCCCAGCUACAUCCAUUUAUCCGCUUGAGUUUGUUGACGUACAUCGGCUGACACGAAUGACACAAUACCUCAUGUUUUGUGCAAUCACUGACUCUACGAUCAAUCUCGAGUUGGCUUUGCCAGCUUAAUGGACCAACUUCGUUUGUGAAUUUUCCGUGGGAAUUCGGUAAAAGGCUUUUUGUGGACUAAACCAUUUUUUUAAAAAUAUGGACAUACGUUUUUCCGGUUUAUAAGCUCACCGGUUUUUAAGUGAUAAAAUUUGACAGGACGCAAGUUUAAUAUGUAGCUACGUUUAUUUGUUCCUGACCUGUCUUUCUCUAAAAUUGUACAGUACUCUGAUGCUGCAUAACUCUUGUACCAGUGACCAAGCUAAUGAAAUUGAUGAUUGUUUACAAUUUAAAAUUUA